UGGGAACCCACUCCAGUACGCUUGCCUGGAAAAUUCCAUGGACUGAGGAGCCUCGUAAGGCUACAGUCCACGGGAUCGCAAAGAGUCGGACAAGACUGAGCGACUUCACUUUCACUUUCACUUUUAGACCUUCCUUAUGGAAAGCGAAAGGCGUCCUCCCACACCUCCCUGCGCUUUUUUUUUUUUUUUUUUUACUUUGUUCUUGACAUUACCCAGAGGCCUAUAUCUUAUUUUUAAACGGUGCGGAGAACUAUUCUAAUGGAAUGUAGUUGUUUUUCUGAGGGAGGAUGGAUGGAGAGAGAUACUAUCCAGCUCUCACAGUCGCUUUUUAAGGCGUUCGCCAGAAAAGCUUCAAGAGGGAGGCUUAAAGAGAGCAUUUUAGAGUAAGGCACAACAGGAUUGCAAGGUUGUGGCAAAGCGGGCUGUGUGCUGAUGUAGACAACUGAAGCGUUCCUCUAUUACGUUGCUUAAAGAUGUACUGCAAAAGACAUAUGAUGUUUAAGUCAACCAUAGACUAUGAGAAGGAAUUUGAGGAAUUAUAAGCGAAAAAUAAUCUGCUAAUAGAGCGCAGUGAUAAUGAAACUAGGAGUAUUUUCAGUUUACUCACCUUCCUGGAAUGCGGACUGUGGAACCUGAAGGCCUGGGUUCUAAUCCUGCCUCAGCUUCUUAUUUAUUAACCUCUCUGUGCCACAUCUUGGUCAGCAGUGGGAUUAAGUGCCUAAUAGUAGAUGUCAACUAUUCCAUGGUUGUUCUUUACGUAUUAGUUUAACUAGGAGCUCUGCCGAUGUGAACAACUUGAGAAAGACUAGCCUCAUGGUUAGAGGAAUAAGAAAACCUCUGCUAAUGGGUCUUGGAAAGGACUGGGCUUGCAGAUAGAAGCGGUGGCCAUGUAACCACGUGACUCAUUGUCAUGAAAAAAUGCUGCUGUGAAGACAUAAUUAUAACUUUCACAUAAAUGAAGUCACAACCAUCAUGAUUUAGUGCUCCCCAAAGGAAGAAAUUCAGUGGAAAAGAGGGUAUUUCUGGGGAUAGUAGAAUGCAUGAGACCUGAAUUUAAACUUGAGCUACUGCCUGAAGGCAUUUAAACUCUUUCAGCUGUUAAACAACAGAAUAAAAUGGAAUUGAAUAUGAUAUCAGCAUGGAACAGUCUGUUGAUUCAUUAAAAGUCAACCAUAAUGAUUCUGAAGAGUCAGAAACAGAUUCUCAGCAUCUAACCUAUAUGGACUCCAGUGAGCCUUCUUUUGGACAAGAUGGUUCGCCUAGAGUUUUACCCGUUACUACUCCUGAAGAGGACGGUUCACUCACAUCUCAGAAUAUACCAGGGCCCCUGACUCAGACACAGACGCUCUCUGCAGAGCAAUUCCAUCUAGUGGACCAAAAUGGGCAACCUGUUCAAUAUGAGCUUCAGUCAUUGGGGGAUUCUAACGCACAAAUGAUGAUUGUUGCCAGCCCAUCAGAAAAUGGACAGGUGCUGCGUGUAAUUCCAUCUCCCCAGACAGGAAUGACACAAGUGAUUAUACCUCAGGGACCACUUAUGGAUGAGAAUAGUCCUCAAGAUGUCUCCGAAGAGAAACCCAGUGACAGAAACUUACCAGCUGUAAGAGUGGAUGCUCUAGCAGACAGUAACAGUAGUUACAUUCUUCAUCCACAGGCAUCCCUCACAUUGCCCAAAAAGACAGUGACCAGGAUACUUGAAGAACCUCUUUUGGCUCCACUCCAGCCACUUUCUUCUAACACACCUAUAUGGGCCUGCCGUCUUAGGAGCUGUGAGAAAAUUGGAGAUUCAUACCGUGGCUACUGUGUAAGUGAGACUGAAUUGGAAAGCGUCCUAACAUUUCACAAGCAGCAAACACAGAGUGUUUGGGGGACCCGCCAGUCUCCAAGCCCAGCCAAGCCAGCUACGCGCUUGAUGUGGAAAUCCCAGUAUGUCCCAUAUGAUGGAAUCCCAUUUGUCAAUGCAGGGAGUAGAGCUGUCGUAAUGGAGUGUCAGUAUGGGCCAAGGAGAAAAGGUUUCCAGUUAAAAAAAAUUGGUGAACUGGAAAAUAGGUCUUGUCAGCUCUACAAAGCCACUUGUCCAGCCCGGAUUUACAUUAAAAAAGUACAGAAAUUUCCUGACUAUAGAGUUCCUACAGACCCCAAAAUUGACAGGAAGAUAAUCCGAAUGGAGCAGGAGAAAGCCUUUAAUUUGCUAAAAAAGAACUUGGUAGACGCUGGUGGUGUUCUUAGGUGGUAUGUACAGUUACCUACGCAGCAAGCUCAUCAGUAUCAUGAAUUAGAGACUCCCUGCCUCCCUUUGUCAUCUUCCUCCUUUCCCAUAUCUUCUCUUGAAGAAGAGGAAGCUGCAAUUAGAGAUGAGAAUUGUUCAUUGCCCUCACGUCUACAUCCUCAAGUAGCACAUAAAAUUCAAGAAUUAGUAUCACAGGGAAUAGAACAAGUGUAUGCAGUUAGAAAACAGCUAAGAAAAUUUGUCGAAAGGGAACUCUUCAAACCUGAUGAAGUACCUGAAAGACAUAAUUUAUCCUUUUUUCCAACUGUAAAUGAUAUAAGAAAUCACAUCCAUGAGGUACAGAAAUCCUUAAGAAAUGGAGAUAAUAUAUAUAACUCAGAGAUUAUUCCAGCAACGCUUCAAUGGACUACAGAUAGUGGGAAUAUUCUCAGAGAGACUGUGACAGUCACACUUGCAGAAGGUAAUUCACAAGGAGAAUCAGUUUGCAGCAAAUUGGAAACAAAUCAGACAAGGAAUUCUUUGUCUCCAGAACCAGCCCAGUUGCUCUCCUCACUUUCUUCAUUUCAGCCAAAAAUAUUCACACACCUGCAGGGUUUGCAGUUACAACCAAGAUUCACUUCUGAUGGAUCACCAGCUCUAAUAUCAGUGAAUAACCACCCCUCCUCCAGUCCUUCAAGACUUCUGGAUUCAGUAGGAAGUGUUGUAAUGAAUAAUAAUUCUCUACUGCUUGGUCAGGCUCAUUGCCUUCAAACAGAUACACCUCUAACCCCAAACAGUAGUAUUUCUUCUACCAUGAGUAACCUUCCAGGACCAGAUCAAAAUCUAGUUGCAGUGGAUCAGCUGGUAGAAGUUGAAGAUGUUGAAGAUACAGAGACUCUGGAAGGAAAUGUUCAUCGGAUUCUAUUGGGAAAUGUGCAGACCAUACCAAUACAGAUUAUAGACAGCCCGCCAGUUCUUAUUGAAGAAAAUUCAGAAGGUACCAUUUCUGUGAACCAAGUUAAGCAAGAACCCAAAGAACCAGCAUUGUCUCUGGAAGCAAAACCAAAUUUGGACUGUAAGAAAUUAUCUGCUACAUAAAUUAUUGAAGCUUUUCAGAAUUUACAACUCUGGUGACUUCUGAUGUCAUAGAAAAAGAAGGUGAAUGUUAUCAAAGCACAAUGUUGUGAUAAGUGGACUGAAGACUGGGUCAAUGAGCAGCUUUAAUUCAAAACUGACAUUUGUUGCUAACUCCCUAUUUUUACCUUAAGAGAUAUUUUACUCUUAUUUUAUAUAAAAUUCUUAUACUUUUGAUUAUCUGAUAAGGCCAGUAUUUCAGAAGAUCAUCUGAACUUAUCCACAGUGAUAUAGUCUGAACACAAAUAGGUAUCUAAUUCAUCCUUUGAAAAUAUCUAAUUUUGGUUCUUAAAAAAGAACAUCAAAAACAGUAUGUGAGUAUAUAUGUGUGUGUGUGAUGAUUUUUUUAAGUUUUAAAAGAACUAACUCCCUCUUUAAAGUUAUGAAGAAACAUUUUAAAUGAAUAGACAAGAGAAUAUCUGAAGUCUGUCUCAUUUGGAAAGAAAAACAACAGAUUUUGCAUCAUAAUAUUAAGCCCAACAUUCACAUCUGUGAAAACUAUGUAGUUGCAUUUUAACUUCUUCCAUAACUAGAAACAACUAGUAUACCAAUGGUCAUCUCAUAGAAAUUUACGUGUCAUGAUUAAGUACUGAGAAUUUUAACUUGAGUCAAAUAAGCAAGAGAAAUAAAUGCCUUUUGCAUGGAUUUAUAUGAUAUUAUAGUUAAAAAUACUACUUAUGGAUUGAAAAAUGUAGAAAUGGAGAGAAUUCAGAAAGAAUAAAAGAAUUCCCUAGUGUUUCUAGAUAGUCAGGGGAACUUUUUGGUAUCAGCAGAAGAUGUUUGUUCCUAUUUUGUAUUAAAGAAUCAGCUCUGGUUAGAAAAGAAUUUGAGUUGUACUUAUUUUUCUGUGCCAGAGUUCUUAAUAAAUUGAUGGUGUUUGAAAGAGGGUAAUCAUUCAAGGUAAAGAUUUAUAGUUUAAAAUUUAGCUCAUAUUUAAAACUUUAAAACAACUAGUGUGUUAUAUUUGCUAUAUAUGUUGAAUAAGCAUAUUUACUUCAAAUACUGAAUACGUACUAAUCAGUAUAUUCAUUAUAAGCUUCUCUUUUCUGGAAGGUUGGUAAAUUAGAAAUGUCAAUUACAGCCAUCAAGAAAUCAACCUAAAGCCUUUCCCCCCCACCCAGAGACCUUUUGUGGGUAUAUUUAAAUUUUCAUUUCAAAAAUAAUAAUGAUUUCCAAUGGAUAUUAGUGUUUAAUACUCAAAGCAUACAGCAUAUGAAAUUUAACUUUAGUACUUUAUAUGAAUAUGAGUCUUUUUGGCUUUUCUAAGUCCAGUCUCACAUUCUUAAUUCACUUUGUUUCAGGUACACAACAUGUAUCUAAGUAUAAAGCACUGUUACUUUAGAAAUAGAUAGAAUUCUAAAAUUCCUUGCUCUUUAUAUUUAAACCCUAUUUAACAUAAAAUUUAUUAUUUAUACCUCUAUUUAAUGCAAAGUUAAUAUUCAGUUACAUACAUGAUUUUUUUUCAUGAUUUUUUAAAAUAAGAAUUGCUUUUCCUUUUCCUAAGAAUCGAAAAUACUUGAUGUCAGCAUUUAUAGAGGCAGGCUGCCAAAUCUGUGUUAUGUGUGCAUGUGUGUGAAGUCAAUGCUAAGCUGAACACAACUCUUAGUUACCUCAAACCAGAUUUUUCUUAGUUUGUGUGUACUUAAUGGGUAUAAGUCCAAAUUAAUUUAUAGUUUAAUAUUGCAUUGUGGGUAAUAUUCUUUUCAUUUGAUAUUUCUAGUUUUUAUGGAAACUUUUUUCAGUAUUUCAAAUAAUAGAUCUUUACUUUUCAUUAAUGACAAUAGAUAAUUAUAGUCUCUUGAGCUCUAUUCCUUUGGAGACAUUCCUUGCUUUUUGAUGUUGAGUUGUUAAGGAGAAAUGCUUGUUAAGAUACAGACUCUAGUCAGUUACCUAGGAGGAUGAGAGAUGGUAGAGGAUUCAGACUUUGGCACCUAAAAAAGAACAAAACAUAGUUUAAAAACAUUUCUCACUCCAUUCUAUGUGACUGUCUCUUCCGACAUUUUUUUCAUGAGAACAGAAAGUUGCAGUACAUCCUCCCCAAAAGCAAAGAGAAAGAAAAAAAAGAGCACGAAGAUUUAAAUCCCUAAUUGUAUACUCUUUUGGUUUUUAGGUAGGAACUGGAACUAUCAAUAUUUUCAU